CCAUCAUGUAAAGGUUAUGCAGCUAUAAAUAGACACAGAACUAGUUUAUACUGUUUGCUGCGCCAAAUACUAUAAGAAAUUAAGCAUAUAUGACCCAAUUGACAUUGUUAUUUUCUCUGGUAAUUAAGAAGCGAUACUCAUAGUGAAUAAAACAGCUGAGUUUGUUAUCCAUCGUUGUUUGUUUUGAUCGACGUGACACUGGCUAAGGACUUUGCGAUUUGAAUCUUACCAAAAAGAAAAGGAAAUCCACUUCGUUUUUAGGCUUUCUUUUUCCUAUUCCCUAUCCCUCCCAUACCAUAUCCCAAAAAUGACAUCCCAAAAUACGAAUAGUUCAAAUAUACCUCCGGAAAUACUAAACAAAAUAUGUUGUUAUUUGGAUCGACGCACGAUUUAUGAAUGUACGACCGUUUGUAAAAGUUGGAAGGCGACAACUUGUAGAAUUUUGUAUAAAGGUGUGGUCAUAGAUGGUUUUGGAGUUUAUUGUACAAAAUUGAUAUUGAAAAUACCUCCUCAGGAACGUCAUAGUUUUUUCAGAUACGUUUUCUCAAUUACACGCUUGACGUUAGCUAGGGGUUAUAAAAAAUCAGUUCAUGCCUUCAAUAGUAAGCGAUCCAAAGCUACUCAAUUAAAUAGCUCAGAUAUAAGAUUCAGCAAAAAGGAAAUUAUUGCACUAUUGGAAGCAUUGCCCAACCUGGAGUACCUAGAUAUGAAUGCUGGUACCAAACUGCAAAAAUACCUCAAGUGUAUCCUUAAAACAGACUCCGAAACAUGUUUGACCCGAAUCCAGAAUAUACCUCCUCCAAAUAAAGCUAAAGUAGCCGGACUGCACUUGGCUGUUUGUCACAAGUAUAAUGCAACUAUAACUCGUCUGGAUAUAAUUCAAACUAAAGAGAUAACGAGGUUUUUCCAUUCAUGUGAUAAUCUACUCCUAUAUCUAGGUUACUUUGCAAGAUUAACCCACCUGCGAAUACUUACUACAUUGUUGGUUUGUAAAAUUUCCACAGCAGACAUCGAAUUUGCUUGCCCUUCUUUAAAGGAAUUGGAAUUCUCUUUUGGUGUAUAUUGGAAUGACAGACCAAGUAGGGACCGCUGUCUAAUGCAAACAAUCAGCCACAGUUUUAACAGCAACUUAGAAAUCUUGUCUCUCAGCUGUCCAAUAAUGGGUCCGAGCUAUUUGAAAUAUAUUACAGAAUACACUCCUCUAGUAAAAGCAUUAAAUUUUGUCCUAUAUAGGACUGAUAUUAUUUUUUGGAUAGAUUACGUAGGCAUGGAUACCUUUACAAAGUUUUUUGGUCGAUUAAGUGCAGCAAAAAAUGCUAGUUUUGGUUAUUACGAGUACAUGUGGAGCGAUGAUGUCUUACGACCAACAAAUUUAAGCAUAUUUUUCAAACUUGUUAAUGCUUUUCGAGGACACAAAAAGCCGUUCUGUUCCGCAACUUCUAUCUCCAGGGGAUAUAUAAAAAAAUCAUCCAUGAAUUACAGUUUAGAAAAAGGAUUAAAACUUACCGUUGAUCUACCAAAUGAUCCGUCCAGGCUGCCUGAUAUUCGUAUAUCCAGUAUAGGAUUGGAAAUAAUCAAUGCGUUAAAGGUGCUUACGAGGCUUAAUUCCGGAGAUUCACAUCUGCUUUGUAUGUUAAAUAUUGUUUUAAAAGCAUGUCCUUUGCUUGUUACUACUCGAUUCGUUGACGGAUAUUGCAAAAGGAGAAUACUAUAUAUGGGCCCUUAUUUUCACACAAAUAAGUCCGUAAAAGCCCGGCUUUUUUCAUCACGAAUCACUACAGAAAAAAGCCUUAGGGUGAUGACAGCACAAAACUUUAUUCCAUCCAACGAAACUUUAAAAACUCUUGACCAUCAUCUUCCGAAUAUAAAGUACGUGGCAUUUAUACAUAUUCCGCUCCGGCAUAAAAAGAGAGUGGUGAAUUUGCUGCAUUUCAGGAAUUUAAGGACCUUUUUCUUGGAUCUGGGACCUCACCGUAAAAUUGAAGUAAAGUAUGCGUAUAUCUGUUUGCAUUUUAAUGAUGGCGAAAUUCUGUAUUUUUGUUAUAAAGAGGAGCACCCGUUUAAAUUGACACUAACCAGCGAGGCAUAUAUAAAUCAAUGGCAUUGGCAAUCCUCAAAACCAAGUCUCAACAUUACUAUCAAAUGUCGCAAGAAGAUUAAGCUAGUCUUUGGCCGGUACAAUAUUGGCUCGAAUGGCGUUUAUAGCUCGGUAUUACUUGCAGAGUUUAGGCUGGGGAAACUCAUGAAUCAUAUUAGUUUAAAUUCACGAAUGUUUUGUCAUGACAUAUACCUCAAAUAAAUUGGUUUGUCUUACUGAUUUUUUUUCACC